UAAAAAGGACUAGGACUGGGUCCCAGACACCAGGCAAGUCCUUAGGCUGCACAACAGGACAGAAGGCACGAUGGCACAGAGUACUAAGAUCCAGGCUGCCUGUCUCCUGCUUCUCCUCAUCGCCAGCCUAGCCAGCAGCUCCUUUCUCCAGCAGCUGGCAAGACAGCCUGAAGCACUACAGCCUGGGCACGGGGCAGAAGGCAGGGCAGACGAGACGCUCCUGAUUCCAACGCGAACCAAGCGGGACACCUACUUCCCAGUCUGCGUCUUCUGCUGUCGAUGCUGUAACAAUCCUCGCUGUGGCAUCUGUUGCAAAACAUAGAGCCAUGUGUCCAGUUCUCUCAGCACCCCUAGCCUCCCCUCAGCCCCCAUUUAUUUAUGAACUCAAAAUAAAUGUGACGAUUUUGUUUUCAAA